AUGAAGGGCAAGUGGCACGCCAAGAUCACACUGAGCAAGCUGCUCGCGAUCGACCCCAAGACCGACCGCACGCGGCUCGACUUUGUCACCGAGAAGCUCUUCGACGACGCCCUCCUCUUCGCCUCCCUUGGCAUCGGCGCCGACCACUCCCUCCACCCAUGCGUCACGAACGGGACCGGCGGCCUGUCAAAGCGACAGCAGCCCGACCCGCGCCAGCAGUCGAUGCGGGUGCUGGCGCCGCCGGCGACGCGCAAGGAGCUCGUCGUGGCCUCCAAGGACUACUACCAGCGCCUCCUCACCAACCACCUCACCCAAGGCGCUGCGGAUCUCCCGCUGGAGAGCAGUCUGGUGCAGGAGCUGCUGCCGGCGCUCCACUCGCGCGCGUGGAAGCCGCGUAACGGCCGCGAAGGGUAUUCCCUCUUCGUCUCCAAGGCACAGCAGAGCUGGACGGAGGAGGAGCGCGAGCAUCACUUUGUGUUUGGCGCGCAGGAGUGGGCCAGACACCUCAUGGAGCUGCUGCGCAUCUACCAACGCUCGACCAACGACCGACAGAGGCAAGCGGUUCUCGAGGCCAACAGGCUCGUGUGGCUGUGUCUGCCGCCUCUCCGGCAGGAGCUGGGCGCCGUGCUGCAGGCCACCGCGCAACAGUCGCCGCAGCCCAGCCGACCCAUGCCCGAGGUCGCGGCCUACCAGGAGCGGUCCCUCCGGGGCUCACUCCCCGACACGCCUUACCACCACCAUCACAACAGCAGCGCCAGCAACAACGGUUACCACUCGGCCGUGCCAUCGCAGGCCCGCCACUCCUCGCCCUCUUCCUCGCCGCUGCAAGCGACUCCGCCUCCGCCGAGGCAGCCCUCGAACAUUCUGCCUUCGCUCUCUUCGCUCCUGCUCCUUCCCUCAUUGCCAUCGCCAAUGCCGGCGGCCCAGCAGCCUGCGCCGUCGCACUCGUAUCGGCCUCUCGCCCCAGCUACCAACGACUACCACGACAUGGGCAACAAGCGAAAGCGAGAGCGCUGGCAAUCGCCCGCCCAACCCUGUACUUUUGUUUGA